GAGCGGGGCACUCGUCGUGCCCGGGAGCAAGAAGAUCCCAUGAGCGCAGCACUCCUGGUGGGCUACAGCAGCAGCAGCAGUAGCAACAACAGCGGCUCAGAAGGCGAGGAUGAGGAUGGGCCUGGGCCCAGGGCCAGUGCAGAGCCCGAGGAGGGCGGCAGCCGUGGACAUCACCGUCCUUCUCCCCCUCCCCCUCCCCGUCGGCUGCCCAUUCCAGACAGCGUCUUGAACAUGUUUCCAGAUCCAGAAGAUGGGAUUGUGGAUGACGUUGAAAAACAUGGUGGCAGAAUCCGAACCUUCCCCCACGAAAGGGGUAUUUGGGCUACCCAUGUCUGGGUCCCCUAUGAAGCGAAGGAAGAUUUUUUUGACCUGCUUGACCUUCUCAUGACCCAGGCCCAGAGGGUCCUGCCCAGACUAGUAAAGAUGGAGGAGUUCCACAUCAGUCUGUCACAGAGUGUGAUCCUGCGGUACCAUUGGAUCACUCCGUUUGUGCAGUCCCUGAAGAGCCGCAUGGCCUCUUUCCACAGGUUCUUGUUCACAGCUAACCAGGUGAAGGUUUACACAAAUCAAGAGAAGACAAGGACCUUCAUUGGGUUAGAGGUCACUGCGGGGCACACCCAGUUUCUAGACUUGGUCUCAGAAGUGGACAGAGUAAUGGAGGAAUUUGACCUGGCAACUUUCUACAAGGAGCCUUCCUUCCACAUCAGCCUGGCCUGGUGUGUUGGAGAUGUGCGAUCCACACUAAAGGAGUCGAUCAUCCAGGAGCUGCAGGAAAUCGUGGACGGCUUUGAAGACUCUGCUCCACUGCUGCGCGUGCAGGCUGAACAGGUCCGCUGCAAAUCUGGGAAUAAAUUCUUCUCUUUCCCGUUAAAAUGAGAGGGAGCCAGCAAGGGACGGGCCUUUGGUCCAUGACCCUCCUUCCUGCAGCCAGCCAGAGGAUGAGCCUUCUGCCUUUGGAGGAGGAGGGAAUUCUUGGAAUGUCAUGACCCUGGCUUUAUGGUUCCAGCCCAUUCUAAUGGGGAAGCAAGGUGCACCUGUCCAGCGCCCGCCACGCCUGCCCAACCAGAGAGCCAGUAAUGCCCUUCGGAGGCACUGUGCCCACAUCCUGGGGGCCUCUGCAACCCCCUCCCUCCUAAGAGGUUUUUGGGUGCAAGGUGGCCAUUUCCACGAGAUAACCAGUAGAGGGCAGAGCAGACUGUGAUUCCUGCCAUGGGCCUCCAGUCCCAGGGCAGAAUUCUUUGGGGUCACUGUGAGACCUUCAGGUUCAGCUGUUUCAUUCCCUUCAGCUGUUUGCAUUUUUGUGCCCUUGACCUCAGACCCAAAUCUUAGGAAUUAUUGUUUCCACAUCUCCCUCCGAUCCUGCCCUGGCUGACCAGGUGCCUUCAGGAGGCCAUGCCCCUGCCCUUUUCUUCUUAGGAACUUCUCACCCUAAGUCCCACCCAGGCCCAGCUCUGUACCAGGGUCCUCUAGCACAGCCCCCUCACACCCUCCCAUGAGCCCCCCCCAGGUGCCAGGGGAAAACUUGACCAGAUGCUUCUUAUGGGCUUGGCUGUCUGGGAAGAGCUGUCUAGAUUUCCAAACUCCCUGGCCUCUGGCUUCCCACAUUAAUUUUCCAAAAAAAUAGGAAACAAAGCUUUCCCGUGGAGGCCCUCCUCCUGGAUGCUCCAUAUCUAUCUCUGGCUCUGUCUCCACUUGCCCCUUUCUGCCUGAUGAGCAACAAGAGACCUUUUACAGGAAAACAUUUAGGCCAGUUGGGAGAAGAAAUUCUUUUUUUUUUUUCUUCAGGCCUUCACUGCAAUUAAAAAAAAAAGUGGGUUGUCCUGAGCAAAUCCAGCUGCCACCUGGAUUUCUGGUACUGGAUGAUGGGACUAUAUAUGGAUAUUUAAAUUAUGUUAAAUGAAAUAAAAGUUUCUAUUUCUGCUU